UAGAUGCUGUCAAAGGGGGCGGAGCUUCCCAGACCGCCGCCCACCCACCCAGAGGAGACAGAGGAGGAGCUUACGGAGACCAAUGACAUGCAGGAGGACGAUGAAGGGGCGGGGCUUCACAGGCUGCAGAAGGAGGGGUCAGAUGACAGCACGCCCUCCUCUGAGCUGCUCGGCGUGCACCUGAGGGGGGAGGAGGAGCACGGGAGCGUGCACGUGAAAGGGGAGAGCACAGAGAGCGAGCUGGACGAAGAGGAGGAGGACGACGACGUGGUCCAGCUGAGGGACGGAGACGAAGAGGAGAGAGGGAGCUACACACAG